CAGUUCCUUCUGUCUCUCCUCAGCCUUAAAGGUUGAAUCUCACUGAAUUCUGUCCAUUGAUAUUUGUGAAAGAGCUUUGCAACUUGACUUGAUAUAAGGUAUCAUUUCUGUGUGUGUGAAGAUGACGGACCCUGAGAACACCAGCCAGCCUCUCCUGGCAGCUCCCAACCAGCCGGCACAGAGUGUUCGCCCCUCCCGGGCCUACAAGGUUGCGGGUUUAACGAUGUUGGCCUGUGUCCUGAUCGUGGGCCAGGUGGUGAUCGCCUACUUCCUCCUCAGCCAGAGGAGCGACAUCAAAUCACUGAAGGAGCAGAGCAGUGGCCUGCAGUCAGAGCUGACGAAGGGAAGAUCUGUUGCUGUGCCCGUGCAGAUGCACAGGCCCAUGAACGCCUUGCCCGUGCUAAUGGACACCUUGGACGAGGAGGCUUCUACCGGAGUCACAGAAAAAAAUGAUGCUCUGCCAGCCACUUCCUGCCAGCUGGAGGCUGCUGGUUUGAAGCCUGUGCGGGUCCCAAAUUUCCGCCCGAAAUGUGACGAGAGCGGCCGCUACCAGGUCCAGCAGUGCUUCAUGCGUUCGUGCUGGUGUGUGAACCCGACCAACGGGGAAACGAUCCCUGGAUCCAUGAGCAAUGGAGCGGCCCAAUGUGACCUAUUCACUGGUGGCAUGCGCAAACUGUUGCCUGCACCUGAUAUUGUCAACUGAUGCUGUGGUGAUUGAAGCUGAUGAAAUCUCCUCCAGAGACGAGCAACAGUUCAACUCCGAAUCAUGACAUGUUAACAUCUUCAUUAAUUUCUAAUCCAAAUCAUAUUUGUAAUAUUUGAUAAGCUAAUGGGGUUUUAUAUACUGCUGAUAAAAUUAGAACCAUUUAUCUGCUUGCUAUCAUCCUAUCGGUUUAUUGCUAUUGAUUACACCAUCUUUCACUUUUGUAAAUGGCUGGUAACAGUUUGUAGAGAGCAGUGGAUUUUUUAAACAACAGCCUAUACUUUUAAUAUUCACAUUCUUUUUUUAUUACUCUGGCUAAAGGGGGAUCAAACUGUGAUUAAAAAAUAUUGACACUUUUGGGCAAAAUCAGGAAGCAGGAAACUUUUCAGACAAUGGUAAACUGUAUUUUCUCCAUUUAUUUGACCAACCCAAAAUAAAACUCUUAAAAGACA